AUGCUAGGAUCAGGUGUAGCAAUGAACAGAGAGAAUACUGGUUUUGUUUGGCAGCUUUUGAAAGAAGAGGAAUGCACAGAUGCAUGGCUUCAGCCUUUUGCAAUCCAUGAUUUACUGGACCUACCCAAAUCUGUAACGGAGGACGGAUUCAGGCUCCGAAGCAUCGUCGUAACUGGUCAGAUGAUUGACAACUUCUACACGGGAGUCAUAGGACGAUUUUGUCAGAACAUGAUGGUUAUAUACAGCUCUAAUGAAAGCCCGCGAGUGGCUGUUAACGGUCCCAUUGAUGGCAGUAAACCUCUACAAGCAGGAGACGUUGGUAGGCCCUUUCCGGGAGUGGAGAUCAGAAUCGUAGACGACAUAGAUAUUCCCAACGAAAGAGGAACGAUAGGCAAAAUUCAGGUCCGCUCACCAUAUGCAAUGAAAGAGUACGUUGGUAAUCCGCAGCUUACAAAGCAGGUUUUCACAGAAAGUAAAUGGUAUAGAACAGGCGACCUCGGUAAAAUAUCACCUGAAGGAAAUCUCAUAAUCGUGGGGCGUGAAAAUGAUGUCAUAUCAAGAGGCUGUAAAAAUAUAUACCCUGGAAUGUUGGAGUCUCUUUUAAGGGAGAUGACGGCGAUCAAAGACGUUUGUGUGGUACCUGUACCUGAUAAAAGACUACUUGAAGAAGUCUGUGUGUGUUUUCUGUCGUCCGGGCAGGUCACCCCAGAAGACGUGAAAAGAUUCUUUGAACAGAAACUUUUUAGGGAGCACACUCAGAGCAGUCUUGGCGAAAUACCGACAUACUUUUUACGGUUUGAAACGUUUCCCAAAGUAGGAAACGGAAAAUUCGAUAGAAAACGAAUAAGUCUUGAAGCUGUUGCAAGAUUAGGUCUAAACAAGACAUCCACAACUACGGACAACUAA